GAGUGGGGGGUUGUCACUCGGCCACCUGUGUGGUGCGGAGCUUAAACCCCCCUGCCCAGAAGCAUUGGGGGAGAGCUAGGUACAGAGCUGCAGCCUGAGGCUCUGCUGAGAGGGCCUCACCCCGACCCCACUGCCAGCUGCGCCCCAUCCCUGGACCACCCCCCGCUGAGAAGGACAGGGAGCCCAGGCAGCAAAGCCCACAGCUCAGUCAUGAGAACACAAAUCGAAGUGAUCCCUUGCAAAAUCUGUGGGGACAAGUCAUCUGGGAUCCACUACGGGGUUAUCACCUGUGAGGGGUGCAAGGGUUUCUUCCGCCGGAGCCAGCAGUGUAACGUGGCCUACUCCUGCACCCGCCAGCAGAACUGCCCCAUUGACCGCACCAGCCGAAACCGAUGCCAGCACUGCCGCCUGCAGAAGUGCCUGGCACUGGGCAUGUCCCGAGAUGCUGUCAAGUUCGGCCGCAUGUCCAAGAAGCAAAGGGACAGCCUGCAUGCUGAGGUGCAGAAGCAACUGCAGCAGCAGCAGCAGCAGCAACGGGAACAAGCAGCCAAGACCCCUCCUGUAGGGGGUCAAGGAGCAGACCCCCUACCCUGCACCUUGGGGCUCCCAGAUGGGCAGUUGCCCCUGGGCUCCUCACCUGACCUGCCUGAGGCCUCUGCUUGUCCCCCUGGCCUCCUGAGACCUCCAGGCUCUGGGCCUUCCUACUCCAACAGCUUGGCCAAGGCCGGGCUCAACGGGGCCUCAUACCACCUCGAAUACAGCCCUGAGCGGGGCAAGGCUGAGGGCAGAGAGAGCUUCUAUAGCACGGGCAGCCAGCUGACCCCCAACAGAUGUGGACUUCAUUUUGAGGAACCCAGACAUCCUGGGCUUGGGGAACCCGGACAGGGCCCGGACAGCUACUGCAGCCCCAGUUUCCGCAACACCCCAGAGGCGCCUUAUGCCUCCCUGACGGAGAUUGAGCACUUGGUGCAGAACGUGUGUAAGUCCUACCGAGAGACGUGUCAGCUGCGGCUGGAGGACCUGCUACGGCAGCGCUCCAACAUCUUCUCACGGGAAGAGGUGGCCGGCUACCAGAGGAAGUCAAUGUGGGAGAUGUGGGAACGCUGCGCCCACCGCCUCACUGAGGCCAUUCAGUACGUGGUGGAGUUCGCUAAGAGGCUCUCAGGCUUUAUGGAGCUCUGCCAGAAUGACCAGAUCGUGCUACUCAAAGCAGGAGCAAUGGAAGUGGUGCUGGUCAGGAUGUGCCGGGCCUACAAUGCUGACAACCACACGGUCUUUUUUGAAGGCAAAUACGGUGGCAUGGAGCUGUUCCGAGCCUUGGGCUGCAGUGAGCUCAUCAGCUCCAUCUUUGAUUUCUCCCGCUCCCUGAGUGCCUUACGCUUUUCCGAGGAUGAGAUUGCCCUCUACACAGCCCUUGUCCUCAUUAAUGCCAACCGGCCAGGGCUCCAAGAGAAAAGAAAGGUAGAACAGCUGCAGUACAAUCUGGAGCUGGCCUUUCAUCACCAUCUCUGCAAGACUCAUCGCCAAGGCAUCCUGGCAAAGCUGCCACCCAAGGGGAAGCUUCGGAGUCUGUGCAGCCAGCAUGUGGAAAAGCUGCAAACUUUCCAGCAUCUCCACCCGAUCGUGGUCCAAGCUGCUUUCCCCCCACUCUACAAGGAACUCUUCAGCACUGAAAUGGAGUCACCUGAGGGGCUGUCCUAGUGACCUGGAGGAGGGACUCCUUUCCCUUCCCUGGAGCCCGCUGGCCUACCUCCCUGGACCCCUCCCACCCUCAGCCUUUUCCUUUCCUAUGACCUCUGGAGGGUGGUCCCUGCCUGUUCUUCAGGGAUGAGCAAAUGCUGAGACUGGUUGUCUGCCCACAGGCCUGCUGGCAGUGGGCCAAGAGCCACAGGGUGGGGAUGGAGGAACGCCAUCUCCAGCCUCAGCUGUGUUCUGUCUCCUUUCCCACGCCCUGUCACCUCCAGCUUCUGGGAGGUCUGGGAUGGGAUAUAAGGACCUCUAGGAGGACCAAGGUGUCCUCAGGACAGCAGGGGGAUCCAGGACACCCAGGAUGAACAGAACUCAACUCUGGGCUCAGAAGCUAAGAACAGGCCUUUGAAAUACCUCAUUGCGUUCUCCUGUGGGCAUCAGCGGGGGGGAGAUGCAUCAAGCUCCGAGACUGGUGCUGAAGCCCAGGAGGACCUGUGUGUGACAUGAAUCUGGACCUCUAUUUUUUCUGCCUUCCCCCUUCCUCCUAGCUCAGCAAGGAAGUGGUUGGGCACCCCGCCCUUUUCACAAGGUCUAAAAAAUACUGGAUAUGUGGAGGGUAGGGAUGGGAUGGGGGUAAAGGGCUGGGGAUAAUUUUUUAUGGGAUUUGGGGAUAGGGAUAGGGUACAAUGAAGGCCAAGAGCAUCAAAGACAGAUAGAGAGAACUCAAACCUCUUAUGUGCACUUUAAAAAUAGACUUUAGGGGUUAGCACAAAUCUGAUCAGAGACACAUAUCCAUAUACAGGUGAAA